AUGGCCACGACGCUGGAUGACUUAUACCAGUACUACUGCCGACGAAAGGGCUGUAAAGCCAACAGCUGUUUCUCCCGUUACCUGAUUGAAGAAUUUGAGCGUCAAGGGCAAAAGCGCGUACUAGAAACAGUGGAUCUGUCUCUGAAUUACGUGGGAAGGAAGGGUAUAAUACCCGUGUUGGACCUCGUCAAGAAUGUCAAAACAAUAAAGAAACUAAACCUCAGCAACAAUAUGUUGGAGCACGAGGAGCUGGAGCAUCUUGUCUACUGCCUCGCCCUUCACCCGUCCGUGGAGGAGGUAGUGCUUGCAAAUAAUUGCUUUCAUGAUGCCAGCGUUAAAGUAAUUCUCGACCUGUUGGAGUUGAACGGGGGGAUCACUACCUUCGAUGUUGAUGGUAAUGAAAUCUCGGCGGCUUCCGUCGCGACAAUAGGGGAGCAGCUGGAGAAGAAUAGAGCGCGUCGUGCCGAGAGGGAGAGCGAUGCAUCCCAUCCCUCCUUGCGGCGGUGGAGCAAGGCGCAGAUUGAAGGAUCGAUAGAUGAGUUAAACUCGGGUGGCCACAUACACUUCGGUACCUGGUGGAAGAAUCCGCAGUACUUCAUGCGGACGUCUGCGGGGUCACAAGUUCGCAUUGUCAUGGAUGUUGAGGACGCUAAGGAGGCACGGCAAGUUGGUUUCUUUGUCUUUCGCUCAAGCGGCCAGUACAGAGUAGUUGAGCUUAGCGAGGGUGUCAUUGCUGGGGAGAGUGCUUGUGACCACAGCCAUUGUUACCUGACAAUGUCCGUGGAGGAAAACGAGACGUAUUCUGUAAUGCCGUACACGUUUUAUCCCAGUCGUAGCGUAGGGUUCAGACUCACCGCUGAGAUGUGUUCUGACGACGCAUUAAGCUCGAGGGGAUGGAUCACCCUUGAGCCUGUAGAUCCGGCGGUCGAUUGGUGUCUGAGUACUCUGGACGGAGAGUGGACAGAGGAGUCAGCCGGUGGCUCCCACUUAGAGCACACAUGGUGUCGUAACCACAUGAUUCGGGUGCAGUACGCUGGGUCCGUUCUCACGCACCGAAUGGCAGCACCUGCAACGCUAAUUGUGAAACUCAGCAAGGGCGUGGACCCAGAUGUUAACGAUGAAAAGAGUAUCGGAUUCCACGUACUGACACCAGACACAGAGGAGGCGUUGUUGCCCCCAAUUUUCUGCAAGGACGAGUGCGUAAAGUGUUUCUGUCCGCACGAGCGUACGACAACUAUCAGCGCUUCCUUUGCAGUGUCAUGUACUGCUCUUCAGCUUUUCAUCGCUCCGAGCACACUGAAUCCUGGACAGGUGGGAAGUUAUAACGUCACGGUUUUUUCCUCUGUACCCGUCACACUAUCCUCGUCGGCGUUUCCCCAUGGGUGGCACUACCGAAAGGUUGGUGGCUCGUGGGAUGAGUAUAACUGUGGAGGCUCUCGAAACGCGAGCAUGUCGUGGAAGGCCAAUCCCUCCAUUGGCCUGAGCGUCGAUUCUAGUCAAGAGCCGUCAGAUUUCACAGUCUUCUUGGAGGCAGCUUCGCCCGCUUUACCGUUGGUCGUUCAAGAAGCUGCGGUGGGAGACGGUGCGUGCUCGCGAUCCGCCACGCCUGCUCCAGGGGAGUCGCAGGAAGAAGAUCCUGAUCUUGUGGAGUUUCUGAGAAGGCACAAGGCACACCUCAUGGAAGCUUGUGUGUCAGUUAUUGAGGCCAAGUCUCCACUUUAUCGGGAACUACUCACUUCUGGCUACACAAAUGGUUCCUUCGCCCGUCUUAUGGUGCCCGGCCUCAACAAACCGUUUCUUCUUCUUGUCUCAACGAGGCACGCGGGACAAUUGGGAACAUUUGCGCUUCAUAUAUUUUCCCACCGCCCUUUUGUUACCGAUGGUGUGGAAUCAUUAUUGGCGCGUGAGCGUGAGGUCCACUUGCAGCAGUAUGCACUGGAGAACGAAAAACGGCGAACACUUUUGUCAGCGGCAAAAACUCAACAGAUUAGCUUCGACGGCAGCGAGGAUGUGGUUGUUGUGCGCAACGAAAUCAUUAGGCAAUGUAUGAUUACUGGAGAAAAGUUUGUUGAUCGUGAUUUCCCCCGUGGUGGUUCCUCACUUUUUCUUGAUCCAGAUGCAAAACCCCCGCCAAUGUUCCCAAAAGAAACGCAUUGGAAGCGACCGACCGAGUUAAUGGAGAAGGUGGUGUUUCUCCCCGACUGGAAGUGUGACGCCCCGUUCCCGUACUCACGGCGGGAGUGGUUUGCAUCUGUUGUUCAUGCCAUAGCAACGAAGCCGUUGUGGCUGCAGAAUGUAGCAGUUGGGUACAAUGAAGGCGAGGGAAUGGCCCAAUUCCGCUUCUUCAAAGACGGGAAGUGGAAGGUGGUAACCAUCGACGACUAUCUUCUCUUUGACAGCACAAUGGACCUCUGUAUGGGGCGGCCGGGUAAGGAUAGUGCAGACAUUUUUUUUCCAUUGAUUGAAAAGGCGUACGCGAAGGCGCAUCGUUGCUACGAGACUCUGGAGCCCAAAGUAACACCGGAAUUGGGAUUCCUAGAGUUGGUGUGCCAGGGCUUGAUGGACCUUUCGGGCUGUGCAACAAUCAACAUCCCUCUCAUCGGUAGUGUGCGAAUGCCCCAAGAGCAACAGGACGUCAUCUGGAUGGAAAUGAAGAACGCCGUAAAGCCUAAUGUUCUUUGUAGUCUGUUGGUUCGUGGUGACAGUAACGGAGCAUCAGAACGCCGUGGACGUGGUAUACUGGUUGAUCAUAUAUAUCCUGUGUUGGACGCCCGAUUUCUAGAGGGGUAUCGGCUUGUGAAAUUACGACAUUGGGGACAACCAGAAGAAAUUAACCUGUGCAGCAAGUGGCGGUCUUCAAGCGACAAAUGGACCGACACCAUUCGGCAAACUCUUGAAUUCAGGGAGGAUGACCGUGAGACGUUUUGGCUAUCCUUCGACGAAGUACUGUACUACUUUACUAACCUGCUCAUCAACGAAGAGACGUCGAGUGUAAGUUGGGCAUCAGGUUAUUUCUGUGAUUGUCCACCGGGUUGCAACGAUCGCCUCCUUGGAAGUUCGCAGUUCUCCCUCCAACUUGGGGAAUUUCCACCGGGGUUGAAGAAGGUAAACAUUUUGCUGGGUCUUCAUCAACUGGAUCCACGGACGACCGUACUACGUGACAAAGAGGCUGUCGCAUCCUACCGUACGGGAGUCGGCCUAGAGGUCGUGGGCACUGCCGACAACACUGUUUGGCUGACUGAUUUCUCCAAAGCAGAGGUGCUGAGCCGUCUGGAACCGUGCAUGAAACGAGACGCGCUUUGCCCUUUGACUGUGAGCCUUGACAGCGUCGGAGGAAACAAGCUUCUAACCCUCGUUGUGUUUAAGGAGGAGAUGCGCGCUCCCCACGUGCCAUUUCUGCUUUCUGCUUGGUCAGAAACUUGUAAAGUUAAUGUUGUGGCUGUGGAACGAAAUGCUGCGGUUACUGUUUGCGACGAAUGGCCUCGUGAAUUUGCGAUAGGUGGUCCCUCGUCUCCGUUUUGGAGAGAUUGUCCACAAUAUUUCAUUUAUCCAAGUGAUACUACAGACAUCAACUUUUCCCUCAAGCAGGAGUUGGCCUCCGGUGAAAUACCCAAGCCAAUUGGCUUCACUGUUCACGAUGCUAGAGCGUGCCGAAGCUACUUGGAGUACAACCCCGAGACCGUCAUUCUCUCAGUGGCGGCGAAUGCAUCCCAUAAAGUCGAAGGCACCGUUCGUCUUCUCGGUAUGAAGGCAAGGAGGGGAAUGCCUUAUAUCAUUGUCCCCUUCUGCACGGAGGCUGCUCCUGGGGGGUCGUUUACCCUAGAAGCCGUUGCCAAUCGGUUUGUAAAGUUGUGCCGCAUAAACCCGCAGCUGGACUGGUGUCGUGUGACGAAACAUGCCUCAUUCAUGCUCUCCGAUGGGAGUGUUGGGGGGUCGUUGCGUUUUUCGUCAUGGCGCAGUAGUCCGCAAUUCGCCUUUACCUUCCCGGUUGGUGGGAAAGGUAGAUUGCUUGUUUCUCUUUCUAAUGACGACGCGGUCGAUACGCGGACUGAAGUCGGCAUGACUCUCCUACUGGGUGAUAGGCAAUGGGAUGAGGGCAAGCGGAGGAAGUUAGUCGUCUCACAGGGGGACAUCAUAGCGUGCUCGGAGGAGAACAUUGGCCGUUCUACAUUGGACUGUGAGAUUGAUGUGGAACCCGAGCAGACGCUCAUUUUGGUUGUGUACGCCAGUCUCCCGUACCGCGGAGCAGACGUCACUUUCACGGCGUACUCCGCUUUGCCUGUUGAAGUGGAGCCGGUGAAGGAAUGGGAGUACGUUGUUAUGGCUCAGGGAAGUUGGGAACUUGGUUACACGGCUGGGGGUGGUGCUGAAGAGUUCGGUAGCUGGGUGAACAAUCCUUUUGUGGCGCUGAAUACUUUCCGCCGUACGCAAAUUGUAGCUCUCCUUCUUCAGUAUCCUCGUGGUCCAGAGAAACCAGUGGUAAAGCGCGCUGGUAAUAAAAAGGCAUUUUUACCCCCCGUCAUUGUAAACCCAAACAACCGCAUGGAGAUUGCUAUCGACCUAAACUGUCAGGACGAGAACAUGACGAGGAUCGCUACCACUCCCUAUACACGGAACAGCGAAGUGGCCCUGGUGGCUAAUGUCCCUGCGGCAGACUCACUUCCGUUCGUGUUUGUUCCGCACACAAAGUACCCUGAGGGUAAUGGAGAGUACAAAUUGUUUGUUUACGCUGAUUCUCUUGUGGAGCUUUACCCGUUGGAAAAGAAGCGCGUGCCGUACGUUUGA